AUGCUUCGCUCCAGUGACCGUCGGGAGGGUGUCGUUUUGGAGCGAGAGCCUCCCCCCUCGCCGCGGCAUGGGAGGGCAGUUGGAAACGGGAGUUCACAGCUGUACCAACCUCCGCGGGGACAUGGUGAAGAUAGGCCGCCGCCCAGUAUGGUCCCUAUUGGAAAACCGGGUCGGCCACUCAUGGAAGAUCGGUUUACCCAACCGCCCAUACGGCCCACCCGGCAUAUACGUUCCUCUGACCGAUAUGUCGCCGAUCCUGUUUCUGAACUGCAACAUAAAGCAUUCGCUGGGUUUGAUACUGGUCGGCCGCCUGCAUAUGAGCAGGAAAAGCAGCGAGGUACGGUGACAAGGAAUUUGCCUGGAAGACACGAAUACCGUGACGGAGCACCACCCCAGUUAAGCUCCCAGUUCUAUCCCCCUAGCUUCGCGCGAGAAACCGAAUCGGAUGACGAGGAGCGUCGCAGAUCAGAUUUGGAAGACCUAUUAGAUUUGAGGCUCCAGACUCACAAGUUGAGGCGCCACCUGAAGGAAGUGAAGAGCAAAGCCGAGGCUCUGCAGCACACGGUGCCGUACGAUGACCGGUCAUUUGACAGCUACAGACCGAAUACCCAGCCAGCUACCCAUCAGCGUACCGUAAAGGUCCGUACGAAAAGGAAGGAUGUAGCUCCCCCACCUAGCGACGCCACUGAGCCGUGGGUGGAAGCGGCUUCUCACCUAGUCUCAGGAAUAGGUUCCAUGGUGCUGGCAGUGUGUCAGCUGGUGAGCUGCACUGGCAAGAGUGCAUUGUCAACGUGCACUGCGCUAUCCCAGGGGGCAGACGCUAUUUACAACGCAACGGCCAUCAGACCCAGGGAACCAUUAUCGCAAAAUAGUGCCGGAAGGCGCAAAUCGCCGAUGUACAAUCGCCAACGUAAUCGUCAAAGGUCACGCCAACAUGGCGAAUACCAGGAGCGGCCGUUCGAAGGCAACCACCGCCAUACCGGGAGAGCCGAUGCACCUUCCUAUGGUAGACAAGGUCACGAUCACAGCGGCCGUUGGGAAUCGCCUUACGAACCUGAGGUGCCAAGGGAACCGCGCCGCUCUCGCGUGCCAAAUGCAGCGAUACGGCGAAUGUUGACUCCUUCUGACCCCGGUGACAACAGCGACUUGGAUAUCGAGUUCAGCGAGGGAGCGUCGUCUUACGGAUAUGCCUCCAUACGCUACUCUGAUAACAGUAACGCUUCGCAGUAUGCAACUGAAACGGAGAGCAGCGUGGUGCUGCGGGAAGAGAGUCCGGAGUACCAGCGGUGUUAUAGGGAAUACCCAGAUUUCGACGGUUCCACCUCGUCGUAUGACAACAUGAUCUGGAGGAACCCUUCACGGCCUUGGGCACGCCCUCCAGAAGUGUUCUACGGUGGUGGUGACGCGAUGGACGACAGACAACGAGGGUACUCUCCCUCGUUCAGUAAAGACGAUAUAAAGGAGCCGGUUCGGAAGAUAAACCUGGGUGACCUCGAUUACAUCGAACCACCGCUUCCACGGGUGUCAACGACCCCGGAUUUGGUACCCAGCAGCUGCGACAGUCUGCCGCAGAACAUCCCUGUGUUGAACUCCCAACCGAGCACGGCAACACGGGUGCCACAGACGCACCCGGUGUUAAGGCCAUCUGUGAAAGUUGCAAGGGCAGCUGACACCCUGAUGGAGCCCAGAUCGAUGGCAAGGCAACAUGAAGCGGCACCAGCAACUAACGAUCCGGCGAGCACUAAUGCCCGGAAGCCUGACAUGCCCACCAAUCUGCCCGGUCGCAUGCCCUCACCUAACACCCGAAGGCCACCUGUCGCCAAGGUACCCUCGACGGGAAAUCUGCUCACAGCACAAGCUGACGAUGUUUUAGUAAGUACUAUAGUUAAAGAAGCGCCCGCCGUCGAAAGGGAGGAAAGGAAAACAGAGCAGCCGACAGCGCCAGUGGCGGACAGCCUCGACGACAGGCCCCUAGAAACGAACAAAUAUGCCAACGACGACCAGAUGUCGGCUAAAGAGAGGUGGUUCCAGAGUCUAAAAAGUUUGGCUAAGGCUGAAGCAACAUACGAGGGUGUACGCGCCUUGUCUAAAGGCGCAGCUGCCGCUGGUAACGCCAAAAACGAUGCGAAUAAUGCUGCAGAACAACAGCAUGAGAGAGGGGAGGGUUUGACACAGGUCCUACGCAGCUCACCACCGGCAGGCCCAGCAGAUAUCAAGGUCGUGAAGAUAGCAUCGCCUACAAAGGCCAAAGAUGACAUUAAACCAGAUAAACCGAGCACAGCCUUCUUCAAGAAGAUAUUUAAUCAACGCAAACCACGGUAA